ACUGUCAAACGGAUACACACAUGUCAAUGUCAACAAUCCACAAAUAUUCUAGGUUAUGUUGUGAAAACUAAUUUUACAUAGAAACAUGACUUCUUUCCGUUCACAAAUGCGUUACAUGAACCCUUACGACAUCCACAAGGCCUUAAUCAACGAAUACGUCCUAAAACAGCCCGGUGACACUACCCUGCUCCACAGAGACUCCUCCAAGGAUCGAACAGACCACGACGUCCUUCGCCAGAACCACAGAUUUCUAUGGGACGACACGGCCCCAGACACUUGGGAGGCCCAAUUCGCGAAGAAAUACUACGACAAAUUGUUUAAAGAAUACUGUAUCGCAGACCUCAGCUUGUACAAAGACAACAAGAUAGCGCUCCGUUGGAGGAUCGAAAAGGAAGUUAUUGUGGGGAAAGGACAAUUUAUUUGUGGGAAUAAGAAGUGUGGGGAGAAAGAAGGAUUGAGAACUUGGGAGGUGAAUUUUGCUUAUGUUGAACAAGGGGGGAAGAAGAAUGCGUUGGUGAAAAUACGGCUGUGCCCUGAGUGUUCCAGAAAGUUGAAUUAUCGUAGUAAGAAGAGGGAAGUGAAGCGACUGGAUAGAAGGAAGUACAAAAGCAAGCAUAAAAGAGACAAGGAAAAAGAGAAGGGGUCACCACAGGCAGAGACCAGUCAAGACAGCAAGUCUGACAAAGAGGAAACGACUACAGCUGCAGAUUCUUUCGAAUCAAUUGAAUCACCUUGGAACAAUCACAAACCUGUAGAAACGAAAUCACGGGACGAAGAAAUGGAGGAUUACUUACAAGACUUACUACUGUAAUUGAAACAUGGAAUUUAUUGAAGGUUAGAGUACAAUAAAUUAACACAAAAACGAUAAAUAA